UCUAUUCAAAUAUCCGAAACCUCCAAAAAUAAGCAAAUAUCCACCGUGCGUCCCUCCAUGCUCUGUUCUAGUUUUAUCACUUUCAUCGGCAACUCCACUCUCUCCUAAACUUCAAUAUCCAAUUAUCAUUUUUAUAAAAUAAUUAAAAUCAAGUACCAUUAUGCAAAUCUAUAUAAUUUAGACAACUCAAAAGAAACCAUGAAGUAUAGAAGAUACAUAUUGCUUGUUUUCGUGCGGCUAGAAGUGUUUUACUUGUCAACAAUUAUCUUAACAGAGAGACUAAAAACUUAUCUGAAACAAACAUCACAUAGUGUUUACUUGAGGAAAUCAAAACAUGAGCCACUCAUUACAGACCACAUCAGAUCAAAACCAUAACUCAUUUGCCAUUUGUUUCCUAUAGACUCAUUUGCCUCCUCUCAUUUGGUUUCACAUCUUUACAUCACCACACAAAAACCCAUAACUCAAAAUAUCCUUACCCAUAUUUCUUUCAUCAUAUCCAAAUCCUCAUCACUCAACCAAAGCUCUCCCAAAACAAAACAAAACAAAACAAAAACAGAGAGCUUAGGCGGAGAAGAAGAGGAAGAGGAACAAAUCACCAGCAGCAAUGGCUGUUUCAACAAUCUACUCAACUCAAGCUCUCAAUUCAACUCAUUUCUUUACCUCCUCCUCCUCCUCCAAACAAGUCUUCUUCUACCGUCGCCAAACCAACCGUAGAUUCAACACCAUCAUCACUUGCGCCGCACAACAAACCGUGGUGAUCGGACUCGCUGCCGACUCCGGAUGCGGCAAAAGUACCUUCAUGCGGAGGCUGACCAGUGUCUUCGGUGGAGCCGCCGAGCCACCAAAGGGAGGGAACCCUGACUCCAACACACUCAUCAGUGACAUGACCACUGUGAUCUGCCUCGACGAUUACCAUUCCUUAGACAGAACCGGUCGCAAAGAGAAAGGAGUCACUGCUUUGGACCCACGCGCCAAUGACUUUGAUCUCAUGUAUGAGCAAGUCAAAGCUCUCAAGAGUGGUAUCGCCGUCGAGAAACCCAUUUAUAAUCACGUCACUGGACUUCUUGACGCACCUGAGCUUAUUCAGCCUCCCAAGAUUCUCGUCAUCGAAGGUCUUCACCCAAUGUUUGAUGAGAGGGUAAGAGACUUAUUGGACUUCAGUAUCUACCUAGACAUUAGUAAUGAGGUCAAGUUCGCUUGGAAAAUUCAGAGGGACAUGGCUGAAAGAGGUCACAGCUUAGAGAGCAUCAAAGCGAGUAUCGAAGCACGAAAGCCUGACUUCGAUGCAUUCAUUGACCCACAAAAGCAGUACGCGGAUGCGGUGAUAGAAGUGCUUCCAACACAGCUGAUUCCAGAUGACAAUGAAGGCAAAGUGUUGAGAGUGAGGUUGAUAAUGAAGGAAGGUGUUAAGUACUUUAGCCCGGUCUACCUAUUCGAUGAAGGUUCAACCGUCUCGUGGAUACCUUGCGGCCGCAAACUCACCUGCUCGUACCCUGGUAUCAAGUUCAACUAUGCACCUGAUUCCUACUUCGACCAUGAGGUUUCGGUUGUUGAGAUGGACGGGCAAUUCGAUAGACUGGACGAGCUGAUUUAUGUGGAGAGCCAUCUGAGCAACCUCUCGACCAAAUUCUACGGGGAAGUGACUCAACAAAUGCUGAAACAUGCUGAUUUCCCUGGUAGCAACAAUGGAACUGGACUUUUCCAGACCAUUGUUGGAUUGAAGAUCAGAGAUCUCUAUGAGCAGCUCAUUGCGAACAAAGAAACUGCUCCUGCAGAAGCUGCUAAAGCCUAAAACAAAAAGCAAAUUAUAACCCGUCUAUAAACCCGUUUGCAGUUUCUUCUUUCUUUCUUUUAUGGAUUUUUUUUCAUGGCGAAAAGGACUAUCUUGCUUUGGUUUGUAAUUUAUGUGGAGAUGGUAACAGAAAAUUCUGUAAUGUAGAGAAGUUAAUAGCAAAGCAAUAAAAAUUAAAUUAAUACAA